AUGCUUGCGGACAAGUUCUCAGGUGUCUCUGGAGACUGUGUGACGCAGAGGCGGAAAUCUAAUCAUGAGUGGGAAGAUGUUCAUAAUCAGGCUCUUGUCGGAGGUAAGCAUUUUCAUCAUUUCGCGUCCUCUCCUCGCCUUUUUCUCUACGACAUUACUGUUGUCUCUGAAUCACUAAAAUGCUGA